AUGCCCGAUGCGGGCUCUGACUGGAGUGGACUUGGUGACCCGGGUGUGGUGGACUUCAAACCUCAAUCCGCAUCUGUGAACAAAAAGCUUCAAACCCUACGCACCGAUCUGCUAGUUGGAACCGCUGCGUUCACCGAUCGUGUGCCGGGUCAGGGGAGAGGUGAACCGUUACCAUGGGAUAUUGCAGAUCCGCGAGAGACCAACGAUGACGAUCAGUCGGAGUACACAGUCUGGGAUAAUCGUGGUGCGGCGGAUGCGCCCUUAGCUAGCAUCUCUGCCGGAUUGCGAUCGUCCAUCGAUCCGCGAGAUAUUUUUGUGGAUGCACUGCACAAUUUUCAUCCAAACUAUCGACAUUAUACUCAGACCAGACUGGAUGACUCUACCUGA